ACUAGGCUUCACAUCAAAAGACAACCAAGAUGGAGUGUUCAACAGGCUGGCCUGUUCUUUCAUCACUGAGGAAAUCCUGGAAGUCUUGCGCAAGGCUGAUCGCAAAGGCCAUGACGUGGUGGUGGGUCUGUCCAACGCCUGCUGCAAGUGGGGUUUUAUUUACAAUUCCUAUGGCUCUUUUUUGCAGGAUGAAUAUUGGAUGUAUAUUUGUUUUUAUGUGUUCCCCCAUACUUUCACACAGUAGUAGUAGUAGCUUUAUUGUCAUUAUAUUGAGGGUCAGAUAACAACAUAAUAAAAUUUAGACAGCACUCGCUAAGGCAUAAAAACGUUUAAGACAAUAAAAACAAUUUAAUACAUAAAUAAAAUAUCAAUAAUUUAUGAGGGCAAUAAAGUGCAAUAUGCAGUAUAAAAAGGUGCAAACAUAGCAAACAACAGUAAUGUUUGUAAAAGUACGCCAUAUGUAAACAAUUGAAAUCAUUUAAGGCACAAAGGUUUUUAUUAUUUAUAUUAUUACACAAAAAUAGUUUUUAUUUAUAGUCCUCUAGUGAGUGUGUGUGAGUGAGUGGGAUGAGGGGAUCAGGCUAUGUUCAUUAGUUUAAGAGCUUGGGAGAAGAAGCUGUUUCUCAGUCUUGUAGUGUGUGAUUGAAUUGCCCUGUAUCACCUGCCAGAGGGAAGUAGUUGGAAAUGGUGGUAGCCAGUAUGUGUUAGGUCAUGGAUGAUCUUUAAGGUCCUGCCUUGACAGUGGGAUUGGUAAAUGUCACUGAUUGCAGGAAGCUGGGUCCCAAUGAUGUAUUGUGCAGUCUUGAUGAGAUUUUGCAGAGCCCCUCUGGUCCUACUUGGUUCAGCUGGCAACCCAUGCUGUGGUGCAGUGUGUGAUGAUACUCUCCACAGUGCACUGGUAGAAGUUAACCAGUAGGUUCUGUGGCAGACCGGCUCUCCUCAGCUUCCUCAGGAAGAAGAAACGCUGUUGUGCCUUCCAAAUGACGGUGGAAGUAUCUAAGGCACUAGAGGCCUGGGUCCAAAUGUAAUGGCCACAUUUAGGACAAGAUGGUUUCUGUCCAUCUUGAUGGUCAACCUGCCAAAUUCUUGCGUUGCAUCAGGUCCUCCUGCUCCCCCCUCUAACGUCAAGUGUUAUAUUCCAUGUAAUGGUGGUAGCUGUGAGGUAGAUAUCCACUGUACUUGGGAUUCUACGUCAGACCCUCAGUUCCCCACUAACUACAUCCUGCACUGGGAGCCGACAUAUAGCGAUGAGGACCCAGUGACUAGCGGGACCAGUUCGAAUCAGAUUAUUGAUCGUGAACGUUAUCCCAGCCACAGUGAUCUUAGUGUUUGGGUGCAGGCUAAGAACCAGUACGGCUCUGUCAACUCUCAGCCGAUUGUCUUCAACACAGGGAAUAUCAAUAAGCCAUCCCCUCCUAAGAUCAAUGGGAGCAAGCAGAUAGAGGAGGAGUCAUUGGAGAUUUCAUGGAUUUUCCCUUGUGAUCUGCAGUCCCAUAUGCAGAAGUGUGAUGUCCAACAUCGGACUGAAGACGACCCAGUCUGGAUUAAGACUUCUGUUACUUUCAUGAAUUCCUUUAUACUGGACUAUCCCCAGCCCGGCAAAGUCUAUGAAUUUCAGGUUCGAUGUUGCUGUAACACAGGCUUGAUGAGUGACUGGACUGCAAUCCACCCAGUAAAGUUGAAGGCAGCCCCUAUCGGAGAGUUGGAUCUAUGGAUGGACUGUGGGAUGUUCCCCACAACCACUGACCACUGUUUUCUGACCUGGAAGGAGCUUCCUUUCUCUCAGGACAUUCUUAGAUAUGAGGUCGAACUGUCAGGCAAUAAUGGCCCAUUGUCAGUAAAUGUGUCCACAUCUGAGCCAGGGGUGUGUGAUGGGAUGAAAUGCUACCUCAAUUAUUCUCUUAAGGAUAUAUUGUCAGCCAGGGUAUCAGCCUACAAUGCUCAUGGUGCCUCAAGACCUUCCAAUCUAACUAUCCCAACACAAGGUAAACAGGAAAAUGCGCAAAAUAUUCACCUCAAUAUGAAUGAAGAGAACCUCACUGUGUCCUGGAAUCAGUCCUCUCAGCUCUCUGCCAACCCCUCUUUCAAGGAAUAUGUGGUACAAUACAAACAAGCAGGAAGUCCAACAUGCCAAGAAUUUGAUUGGGUCAAAGUGAGGAACGGUCAUACAAUGGGAAUUUUUAAAGGUCAGUUUAAAAAGUACACACCCUUCCAAGUUACACUGUUCACAGUAUCACAUGGCAAGGAAUGCUGUCCCCAGUCAUCGGUUAUUGGAUACUCUCUUCAAGGAACUCCUUCCAUUGUGGCUUCAUUUAAAGUGGUUUCUAUUUCUGCCACUGAUGUGACGCUGUUUUGGGAGCCUGUGCCACUGUCUAAACAGAAAGGGGUGAUCCUUUCCUACCAAAUAGGAUUAGUCAAAAGCAAUGCUGUGUACAAGAUCCCGUCCCAGCAGCAGACUUUUACUCUGCAGAAUCUCAGUCCAGACCAGAAGUAUGACGUCUGGAUAAAGGCUGUCACUCAGGCCGGACCUGGAGACAAUGCCACCGUAACGUUCCAAACAGUCCACCAAGAAGAUUAUGGUAUAGCAUCACGUCCAAUCGUAAUCAUAGUCCUGACUGUAUGUCUUCUGGUUUUACUAUUUUGUUGUGUAUGUAAAAGAUUAGAAAGCAAAGCAUGUAGACUGGUCUAUGAGAAAGUGCCAGAUCCCCACAAUAGCCGCAUCUUCAAACAGAUGAAGUACCAGAUUAAUGACCCCUUGGCUUGGUCCUGCAUUUCCAUCAAUGAGCCACAUCCUAAGAUCUCUCAGUUGGAGAUAGUAGAAAUCCAGCCCAGCGCUUUGGAGUCCUCUGUGGAGACAACCUCCCAUCCUGAUGGAUUAACUAGGCCAGCAGUGGGAGACAGAAGCUCACAAAUCGACUGCCAAGACAAUCAGAGGGAGGAUGCUGUCACAGAGGAGUGUGACAGGAUAGAAGGCAGAUAUAGAAGAGAAGAGUACAGCAAAAUGGUUGACUCCGAUGAGGAGAGGGAUGGGGAGGAGGACAGGGGGGAUUCUUGGAGCUCAUCUGAGGAAGAACAGUUCACGUCAGGUUAUGAAAAACACUUUAUGCCCACUCCUCUGGAUGUACUGGAAGUUUGAUUGACAUCAAUUUUAUAUGUGUGUUGUACUUUUUUGUACAAAAAAGUGUGCAGAAACAAGUGUCAUGUGAUUAAAAAUGGUGACUGGACUGCCUCUCUCUGUGGUCAGGUCUACUAAAGCUAAUGGCAGUAAACCAGUCCCUCUCUCUAAUCAGGUUUCCACUGUAUGUGUUUGUUUUGUUACAUUUGAUUAGUGUUGGUAUUUUUAGUUUGUUUUCUUCGUCAGGUCACUAUUCAUGUGUAAUCUCUCAUUUUUGUCAUAUGCUAAAUGUAUGCUGAAUCAGGAAAUGUUUGUUAUGGACAUUAAUAGCACAUACUCAUACACAUGCUCUCAGGAAAUCAGAAAAUAUAAAAUUCUGUGUGGAGUAUACAAUUUAGAAGGAACCUUAAAAUCCACAUAACCUAUUGUUUCCCAAGGCUGGGAAACCAGAGCAUAAUGAAUUUUGUCGGCAAUGUCAUCAAUUAACACUGAAUUAAUACUUAAUCCUGGGACUGGAGAUUUCUUAUUUGAGUUAUUAACUCCUGGAUGAACUCUUGCAUGUACAUAUUUGUGAAUGGAAAAAUGCUCCUGUAAACCAUACAUGAAUUUAAGUAUUACAAAGGUGUGAGAACUCUUUGAACCCACAGAAUGUACAUUUUUACAUAAUAGGAGCUGCUUGAUGUAUCUUUACUGGCUUGAACAAUUAAUCCACAAUUUUUAGAUUGUUCUUCAUGUUUGUUUUUUUUAAAGUACAAUUGAUGUAUGCAAAACUGCUGUAUGCGAUCAAAUAAACAAUUUUAAUAAGU